AAAUCUUAAAUCAGAUAUCAGAGGCGUUUGAGGGUCAAAGUGUGCUGACGUGGAAGAUUACCUAGUAUUGUGCUACUGGGCACUGAUAUCGCGAACCCUGUUUUUUGCAUGCAUAAACCACAAACAUUUCUUAUGUUUUUGACAUGAGCGACCAGGAACUUAAAAAAAAAAAAAAGCAACGAAGGAAAAUUGUAAGCCCGAUUCCGCUAGUUUUAAGUGAAACUGGCAUUGCUGGAGAUAUUACGAAGCGCUUGAACUACAGCUUCUGCUUAUGGGCGGUUCUCAGUGAGAUCAGGACAAGCGUGCGACGUGAAGGGUCACUGGCUUGUGAAAGAGGAAGCGAAGGUUUCAGUGACCAAGUAUUUUUUAAAAGGGGUAUUUGGAAAUGUAGAUUAUACAAUAUUUUUGCUUUGUGAUAAUAGCUAACGAAAGCACCGUAUUUUCACGUUCGUUGCUCUGGUGUGACGAAUAAGCAAAAACAACCUUUGUCUUAAGCAAAGACUUAGGAGUAAAAUAAAACUAACUUUUGUGUUGCUCUUAUAAUUUAUUUAUUUUUAAUCAGUUUUGUCUGGUUAAGUGUGACAACAACUUUGACAGUCGGCUGAAGCUCCUGUGCACGCAGUAGCUCGCCCCCUGGUGUUGAGUUUUGUGUAGCGCACCCAUGUCAUGUGGCUUCCUCUGGUGGCUCUGGGUGCUAGCCUCCUGGGCUCAGGAGUAGCCUUGCUGCUGCUACUGUGGAAGAAAGAUGUGAGCUGGAGGCUGAAGGGACAGAAGAGGCCACUGGGCAGCCUGUUGAGCCACUACCUGGUCCUGAGGGUGGUGGGCUGGCUGGGGAGGCGACAGCGACAGCGACUGGAAACUGACACACUGGAUAUAAGGAGGGUGCAGGAGGAUACCUUACUGCAACGCAUCCACAGGAACCAGAACACGGAAUAUGGACAGCUGUACAGAUUCGCUGAGAUUAAAAAUGCUGAGAUGUUCCAACGGCUCCACCCGUUGACCCGCUAUGAUCACUACAGUGAGUUCAUCAGGAGAGUGGCGCGGGGGGAGGAGAAUGUCCUGAUUGCGGAGCGGCCCUCCAUCCUGGCCAUGACCUCGGGCUCCAGCGAUAUGCUCCUGAGCACCAGAGCCACUGACAGAGAGUUCUUUAUGCAGGGGAUUGCAGUGGGCCUGCAUGCCAUGUUCAACACCUUCCCGGAGACCCAGAGCCUGCAGAAAACAGCCAAGCUCUGGUACACCCCGACCUGGCAGCAAUCCGAGGCGGGCAUCCCAAUCGGAACCAACUCCUCGACCCACAACUCGUCACGCCACGUGCUGAACCUCUACUCUACACCGGCCCCCGCUUUCCAGAUUCCCACGGAGCCCGAAACUCUCUACAUCCACCUCCUCUUCGCCCUCAAAGACCCCACGCUUGGGACCCUUGAGGCUAACUUCGCCUCCAUCAUCUACUACGCCUUUGAUGCCUUGAGGGAGCGCUGGCAGGAGCUGGUGGAGGAUAUCCGGCAGGGCAGAGUGAACCCACAACUGGGCAUCGCUGCGGACGUGCGAGAGAAGCUGGACUCCCUCCUCCGACCGGACCCCUGGCGUGCUGCCGAGCUCGGCACCCAGUUUGAGAAGGGUUUCCAGGGUAUCGCGCGCAGGCUGUGGCCCGACCUCAACCUGGUGUUAACGGUGGACUCGGGUUCAAACUCACUCUACGGAGAUCUCCUCAAAGAUCAUUACUGCCAGGGAUUGCCCUUCUAUUCCCCAGUCUACGCUGCCACAGAAGGUCUGAUUGGAGUGAAUCUGUGGCCUGGGAGCCCCGAGCGGCACUACCUGCUGUGCCCGCGCUCCAUGUUCUGUGAGUUCAUCCCGGUGGGCAGCCUGGAGGAGCAGCAGCCCCAGACCCUGCUCAUGGACCAGGUGAAGGAGGGCGAGUGCUACGAGUUGGCUGUCAGCAACGCAGCGGGGCUGUGCAGGUGUCGUAUUGGAGAUGUCGUGAAGGUGGUUGGGUUCUACAAUCAGUGCCCCAUUGUGGAGUUCAGGUACAGACACAGUCAGAUGCUAAAUGUACGUGGAGAGAAGACCUCAGAGGAAGUGUUUUAUCGGGCGCUGCAGCGGGCCGUUCAGCUGUGGCCCGGGGCUGAGCUGAUUGACUACUGCUGUGUGGAGAGCGGCCUUCUGGGCCACUUUUCGGGAGGCUCAGACCCCCAUUAUGAAGUUUUUGUGGAGCUCAAAGGAGUCCGGAACCUGUCUGAAGACCAGCGCUACAAGCUCGACCGCUGUCUCCAAGAAGACUCUGCUGUGUAUAAAUCAUUCAGGCUGAAGGGGAGCAUCGGUCCAAUGAGAGUGCAGCUGGUGGGGGGCGGGGCUUUCCGGGAGCUGCGCAGUCACAUGCUGGCUUCCUCCUCCCCCUCCUCCUCCCCCAACACCUUCAAAAUGCAUCGCGUGCUGCGUAGGAGCGAGUUUGCGCAGUUCAUCCAAGGGAAGAUUAUCUCCUAGUGGAGGAAUAGUAACUAGAAAGCCGCUGUUGGGCAGCGUGCACUUUUAUAAUCCUGGUUAGGCGUUUUGAUUGGGCCUUCUGUUCGGAAGUGAUGCAGUGAUAAAAAGCCUGCUCUUAACGACUGGGGUGGGAAAACGACAACGGCUGUUUUACAGCUUCUAAAAACAGCAGGGACGUGUUUGAUUUUGCACCUGUACGGGCCCGUUUAUGUGUUGCAACCAAUGGUUAAUAUUUAUUUGUGGUUAAAGUAUAGUAAAGCAAGUGAAAUUCAGAGUAUAGGCUUAUGGAAAGUAUAGAAGGUAACUUCCCUGAUCACUCAAUUCCUCUGAUGCCUCCCAGUUCUUUUUUUUUUUUUUGACUAAUAACCACCCAAUUGACUAGUUCCUUUAUGAGCAGGAUGGAGGUCUUUUAAACAGCUCAUGCAAAGCCAUUCCCAGCAACCACAGAUCUCCCUCCUCCUCAUACGAACCCUGGUGUACGUGUGAAGACGCAACGUGUAGCUCUAAUAAUCACUAAUGUCCAAACCCAUUCAUUUGUCAGGGCCUCUUUAAGGAGGCUGUGCUGCAUUUAACUGACCUUGACAGGCUGAGGGAUGAAUGGUGGCUGAUAAAUGAGGGCGGAACAGGCAGAGCUCCUGCCAGUUGCAGUGAUUGGUUUGAAAGACUAGGGAAAGCCUAAUCUUCUCAAGGUCCCUAUUGCUGGGUCUGUAGCUGAUGUAUGCCUUUUAUUUAGAUUAUGAUAGAUGCAAGCUGUUUUCAGGCAUACACAAAGGCUGAUUGGGUAUACCCUUAAGAUAUUAAGCAGGGGUUUCAUAAUAGAGAUGCUUCUAAAAAUAGAGAAAGGAAUAGAAAACGCAUUUGAAUGUUAUGGAUGCUGGCACUGACAAGGACGAUAUACAGUUUUAUAUAAAUAUCACAGAUACAUCUCAAUAGUGCAGCACUAAUACAAAGAGAGACCUAAGUAGACCACGUUCAAUAAAACAAAAGUACAACAAUAUAAUAAUUCCAAGCAAUUACUUUGAUUGCUUGACUGACUGAUUGGUUGAUUGACUGACUGACUGACUGGAAUCUGCAAAAAAAAUCCAACCUGCCCUACAGAAUAUAACCUGAUUUUUUUAAACAUAAUAAUGUAGGUAAUUGUUUCUGUUAAAGGAACACAGCCUCUUCAUUGCUGCUGAAAGCGUUAACAGAUUCCCAGGCGUGAUUAACUGCUGUUUAACUUGUUUGCUAAAGGACUUUCCCCUAAUGACUGAAGACUGCUCAUUUUCACAUCAACGUUAUCAACUGAUGGAAACUGCACUGUUAACUGUAUAUCAAGAUCACUGCGCCACGGAAAAUUAUACUCUGCUUUUAUACA